UCUAGAGUAUGAACCUGACUAGUUUAAGGGCCACCACGAUCCAACACAAUUUCCUCCUCAUAAUCUACCCAGCACAAGGCCAAUUAAACCCUGCACUCCAAUUUGCCAAGCGACUCAUUGCCAUGGGUGCACGUGUCACACUUCCCAUCACUCUCCACAUGCACCGUCGCAUCUCCAACAAAACCACCAUCACUGGCCUCUCCCUCGCCCCUUUCUCCGACGGCCACGACGACGGUUUCAACGCCAUCCACGGCACCGAUUCCGAUUUCAACCUCUACGUGUCCGAUUUCAAGCACCGCGUCUCUCACUUCAUCACCAAUCUCAUUCUCUCUAGUGCACGUGAGGGUCGCCCUUUCACCUGUUUAACUUACACCUUGCUCGUUCCUUGGGCACCAGAGCUGGCGCGUGGGUUCAAUCUCCCCUCGGCGAUGCUGUGGAUUGAACCCGCCACGGUGUUGGAUAUCCUUUAUUACUACUUUCACGGUUACGGUGAUUACAUAAACGACAAAACUAAAGAGGGUUCUUCGCGUUCCAUAGCACUUCCUGGAUUGCCGUUUUUGCUAUCACCCCGUGACAUACCGUCGUUUUUAUUGGCGUGGAAAUCGAGUGUGUUGUCUUUUGUUUUUCCGUUGUUUGAAGAACAGAUUCAACAGCUUGACUUAGAAGCCAACCCUAUAAUACUUGUGAACACCUUUGAAGCUUUGGAAGCUGAGGCCUUAAGAGCCGUUGAUAAGUUCAACAUGAUCCCCAUCGGGCCGUUGAUUCCUUCUGCUUUCUUGGAUGGAAAAGAUCCAUCUGAUACUUCUUUUGGUGGUGACCUUUUCCCACUUUCAAAAGAUUAUGUUGAAUGGCUUGACACAAAGGCAGAGUUAUCUGUGGUUUAUGUGUCCUUUGGGAGUUACUUUGAGUUAUCUAGGAGACAAACAGAGGAAAUUGCACGAGCGUUGUUAGAUUGUGGGUGUCCAUUCUUGUGGGUCAUAAGAGAAAAAGAGAAAGAAGUGGAGGACUUAAGGCACAGAAAGGAAUUGGAAGAGAAAGGGAAGAUAGUGACAUGGUGUUCUCAAGUGGAGGUUCUGUCACAUGGUUCUGUGGGGUGUUUUGUGACGCACUGUGGUUGGAAUUCGACCAUGGAAAGCAUGGUUUGCGGGGUCCCUAUGGUGGCAUUUCCUCAGUGGUCCGACCAAAGGACCAAUGCAAAGCUAAUAGAAGAUGUGUGGAAGAUUGGAGUGAGGGUAGAUGAGGAAGUGAAUGACGAUGGCAUUGUACGAGGAAAGGAAAUUUGGAGGUGUUUGGAAGUGGUGAUGAGGAGCGGAGAGAGAGCGAGUGAGUUGAGAGUGAAUGCCAAGAAAUGGAAGGGCGUGGCUAAGGAGGCAGCCAAGGAAGGUGGUCCUUCAGAGAUGAAUCUAAAGACUUUUCUUGAUGGCGUUGGAGAAAGAAGGUUGCAUGCUUUAGAACAAUAAUUGAAUUGUUAGCCAGUGGAACGAGAUUUCGUGCCGAGUGUGUUUUUUCUAUUUUUUUUAUUGCUUCGUAUCUUUGUCCAUGAAUAGAACAUUGACAUUUGACAAUUGAAGGGGUAGCAGGGGCAAUUAGUGCCAGUUUAUGUCAUAUGUGACCCACAGAGGUUAUUUUUUGUUUCAAUUAUUGUUUUUUGUAUUUUUAUUAUAAUUAAUUGCUCAAAAUUAAAUCUAAAGAUAAAUAAUUAAUUUUAUCUUGAAUGAAAUGAUGAAAUUUU